AUGAGCGAACCUAAUAUAAACAAUAACCAUGUCAGACUUUAUGACAAUGUCUAUCAACCGGAGGAUUUCAAUUUUGAUAACAUCAGUCCUCCAAUUCAAAUGCAAGCUCAAGAUGUCCGUCCUCACGCUACCUCUUUUUCUCUCGAUGAUAUGACGUAUAUGAAUACUAAUUCUCCAAGUCAAAUGCUGCAAGCCCAACCUCAUACUCAAGAUGUCCGCCCUCCUGCUACUUUCUUUCCUUUCAGCGGUAGUGUUGUGUCUAUCGACUACGGAAAUACUGGAAGUCAUACAACAUCGCAUCAAGAUGACGCCAUGAAUGAACAGUUGACAUCGAGUCGCGAACAAGUCGAAUCUCAUAGCUCUUGUCCACUCUGUGGCUCGUCCAACGGACAUUUUGGUACGAUCAGCAGUCAAUCUAUUACAUAUACUCUUACGCCAAUGCGCACGCAAGCAUCGCUUUCAUUCAACAACUCUAGCCUCGAAUAUCUAGUUAUAAAAGAAGUACGAAUUCAAUCAGUGUUAGACGGGGUACCAGCUGCUAGCAUUAGCGCUUUAUUGUGA